GCGUUUCGGGACCAAAUGCACGGCGUGCCAGCAGGGCAUCCCCCCCACCCAGGUGGUCCGCAAAGCCCAGGACUUCGUCUACCACCUCCACUGCUUUGCCUGACAGCUGGCCACCGGUGACGAGUUCUACCUGAUGGAGGAUGGGCGGCUGGUCUGCAAGGAGGACUACGAGACGGCCAAGCAGAACGAUGACUCCGAGGCGGGCGCUAAGCGGCCCCGGACCACCAUCACGGCCAAGCAGCUGGAGACGCUGAAGAACGCCUACAAAAACUCCCCGAAGCCCGCCCGGCACGUGCGGGAGCAGCUCUCCUCCGAGACGGGGCUCGACAUGAGGGUGGUGCAGGUGUGGUUCCAGAACCGCCGGGCCAAGGAGAAGCGGCUGAAGAAGGAUGCGGGGCGGCAUCGCUGGGGACAGUUCUACAAGAGCGUCAAGCGGAGCCGCGGGGGUGGCAAGCUGGAGAAGGAGAGGCCAGCCGACGGCUGCGCCUGUAAAGUCACUGCUGGCACCGUGCCCACGCGGGACCGGCUGUCGGAUAUCAGGGCAGCACGCGUGGACGGGAGCGGAGAGAUUAAGCGGGCGCUGCUCCCCGGGUCACUGCCGAGGGGCUGGGAAUGCCGCGAGCGGGAUCGGAUCCGGCGCUGA